GCUUAUCAAGCUGAAAUUUUUUCCCUUCGAACACAUGUUACCCAACUUCAAGAUAUUUUGAAAGAAAAUGAGAUUCCUGUGCCAGCACCACCUCCUCCCAUUCCUUGGGUUUUAGAUACUACAGUACAGUCCCCUACUUGGAUUAUUAAUCCUGAAUGGUUCAAACUUAAUCCUAACAGUAUUCCUUUUG